AUGGCCUCAAGGAGCCGCUCCUACACACAACUCCUAGGCCUCCUGUCCUUUAACAUCAUCAUCCUCCUAUCCGUCACAACAACAAUGGCUGUUCGUGUUGGAGUCAUUCUUCACAAGCCUUCUGCUCCAACUCUUCCUAUCUUCAGAGAAGCCCCAGCUUUCCGCAACGGUGACCAAUGCGGUUCCAACGAAGCUGACCACAUCCACAUCGCCAUGACUCUCGACACAAACUACCUCCGUGGAACAAUGGCUGCUGUUUUGUCUCUCCUCCAACAUUCCACUUGCCCUGAGAACCUCUCUUUCCAUUUCCUCUCCCUCCCUCAUUUCGAGAACGACCUCUUCUCCAGCAUCAAAUCCACUUUCCCUUACCUCAACUUCAAGAUUUAUCAGUUCGAUCCAAACCUCGUCCGCAGCAAGAUCUCCAAAUCCAUCAGGCAAGCCCUAGACCAGCCGCUAAACUACGCGAGAAUCUACCUCGCCGACAUCAUCCCCACCAGCGUCGACAGGAUCAUCUACCUAGACUCCGACCUCGUUGUGGUCGACGACAUAGAGAAGCUAUGGCACGUGGAGAUGGAAGGUAAAGUCGUGGCGGCUCCAGAGUACUGCCACGCCAACUUCACCCAUUAUUUCACGAAAGCUUUCUGGUCAGACCCGGUUCUUGUCAAAGUUCUUGAAGGCAAACGUCCAUGUUACUUCAACACAGGGGUUAUGGUUGUGGACGUUCAUAAAUGGAGGAAAGGGAUGUAUACACAAAAGGUAGAAGAGUGGAUGACUGUACAGAAGCAGAAGAGGAUUUACCAUUUGGGAUCAUUGCCUCCGUUCUUGCUGAUCUUCGCCGGUGAUAUUAAAGCGGUGAAUCAUAGGUGGAACCAGCACGGUCUAGGAGGAGAUAACUUUGAAGGGAAAUGUAGAACGUUGCAUCCGGGACCGAUAAGUCUUCUUCAUUGGAGUGGGAAAGGGAAACCAUGGUUGAGACUAGAUUCGAGGAAGCCUUGUAUUGUUGAUCAUCUUUGGGCUCCGUAUGAUCUUUACCGUUCGUCAAGACAUUCAUUAGAAGAGUAG